GCGACAUCUUGCGAUUGUACACUAAAGAGAAUUCUAGUUGGAUGAACAUUAGUAAAUAUGAGGAAUAUUAGAGAAUACAGUCGGCUCAUUUAUAUGAUAGGCAGUAGAUCUUUCCACUUUUUACCUUUGAUCAGGUAUUCUACAAGCAUGGAUGUGUAUCCUAGCACCUUCAGAGAUUUAAGUUUUCCGAGCAAGUUCUUGUCAGAAUUAGAUGACAUUUACUGGAACAACGGGUCACGAAAAUUAUCUGUUAGUUGUGGUGCGUAUGCAAAAGAAAAAAAUCGUGGUGGUAAAAAGAAAAUUGGUAUGGCGAAAGCGGAUCUACAAGAAAUGAGUCAAUAUCUAAAUGUUCAGAAAUUGGCUUUAAACAUGGAAAAUGCAUUAGAGGCUAUGAAAAGUGAUUUUAUUAAAAAUGUCACUAUACGCUCAUCUACAGGAUCCAUUGAGGAAGUUGCAGUGACAUUUGAGGAAAAAGAGUAUUGUCUCCAAGAAUUGGUGCAAGUCGCUCGAACCCCAAAUCAUGUCAUACUUAACGCCUCUGCUUUUCCGCAAGCUAUUCCGCAAAUACUUGAAGCACUUUCCAAAAGUGGCAUGAAUCUAAAUCCUCAACAGGAUGGCACGAAGAUAGCAAUACCUAUUCCUAAGGUGACAAAGGAACAUAGAGAAAACUUGUCUAAAAAUGCAAAAGCUCUAUUUAUCAAGUGUCGUGAUAAUCUAAAAGACAUACGAAAUAAACAACUGAAAAACUUGAAAAAUAAUUCUGAUAUCAACGAGGAUGCGUUUUAUAGAUUAAAAGUUCAAGUGGAAGGGCUUUGUCAUCAACACGUACAAGAAGCAGAAAAGAUCCUUAAAUCAAAGCAAAGUGAAUUAUUAGGACACUAGAAGGCGUUGUGCAUUAUUUAUUUAGGUGUUUGAUCAUUACAAUUAAUAUACAAAGCAGUGUUUGUCAGUCUAUAAUAAAUUAACUCCUGAUUAUGCA